CGACUUGCAUAGUCCCGCCCCUCUUGUUACAGCAAUAGCUGCCCCGCGGAAGUUUGUGGAGUGAGAACGGGAUGCAGUUAAUUUGCGUGAAAUAGUGUGAAACACGUCGACAUUUUCUGUCGUUUUUGUGGACGGUUUUGUGUCCUGGUGCAGAAACAGAGGAACGGUUCUAAGUAGUCUGUUGAAUCAACAUGUUGGAGUGUGGCAUGCUGGAGCGGGAUAGUCGGGCUCUUCGAAGACGCUCUGCUAUUCUGUGCAAGCAGCUGGUGGUGGAUGAGCUGCUCAUUCAGUCCUUACAGGCAGACGGCAUCCUGACAGAGAGCAUGGCAGAGAGCAUCCUGGCUGAGCAAACAUCUCAGAAACGAAGCUGGCGAUUACUACUACUCUUACCCAAACGAGGGCCCAAAGCCUUUAGCAGCUUCUGCUCAGCUCUGCGAGAAACUGAGCAGCAGCACCUGUGUGACCUGCUCACACAGUCCCCAGAAAAAGACGGCAAAGAGACAAACGCAGAAAGGUUUAUGGACUCUUCUCUUCCACUUCCCACCCAAGAAGGAACUGCUGCCAAGAGAGCAAGGACACAUGAGUCCAUGGAGUUUAGUCUGGAUGCAGAUAGUCCCAUCAACACUCCUGUGCUUCCAUGCACUCCUGAAUUUUACCUCUCUCACUGCCAGCAGUCUUACAGAAUGAAUUCAUCCCCUCGUGGUUUUGCUUUGGUGAUAAGUAAUGUGACCUUUGCUGCGCCUGACCUUGACCCAAGAAAGGGAGGUGAGGUGGAUGACGAGGUCCUUCGGAAAGUCUUUACGGAGCUGGACUACCUGGUUACAGUUCACAGAGACCUGACUGCUCAGGGCAUGAGGACGUGCAUCGAGAACUUUUGUCGACGGCCGGACCACCAGGCUAUGGACAGCUGUGUAGUGUGUCUGCUCUCUCAUGGAGUGGAAGGAGCCAUAUAUGGCACAGACGGACAGCUCCUGCAGCUGGACUGGGUGUUUGAGGCCUUUGACAAUGCGCACUGUCCCCUGCUACAGAACAAGCCGAAGAUGUUUUUCAUCCAGGCCUGCAGAGGAGAUGAGAUGGACUGUGGUGUGGAGCAAAUAGAUGGGCCAUCAAGGACCUGCUCACCAAGCUGUGAACAGCGGGAUGCUGGGAGGGAAGGACAGGGGGAUGCAGACUCCAGACAGAGAGGGGACAUGACCAGGCCUAGGAUUAAACUGCCCCAGCGGUCUGACAUGAUCUGUGGCUUUGCAUCUCUCAAAGGUCAGAGAAUUUGCACAGCAGCAAUGCGAAACACCAAGAAAGGAUCCUGGUUUAUCCAAGAACUGAACGCAGCACUCCGCCUGCAUGCCAGAGACACACACCUUGCAGACAUCCUGGUGCAGGUCAAUGGGCGUAUUAAGGGACGGGAAGGUUAUGCUCCUGGCACUGCCCACCAUCGCUGCAAAGAGAUGUCAGAGUUCACCAGCUCGUUGUGCAAAGACCUCUUUCUUUUCCCCAAGCACCAGCCCCAGUAUUGAUACGGAUAUAUGUACAUACACAGACCAACACACACACACAGACAGACAGACCAUUCCUUGUAUUGAAGCCUCUCAGUGAAGGGCACACAAGUGUUCAUUCCAUGCCAAAUACUGCCACACACUCUCACAUUCCCCUCUUACAGCUUUACAUCCAAAGACAGGAUUUGUUCAUUCAUAUUUUCUGUGUAAAUACUGCCUUCUCAAGAACACAGACAUGCAGACACACACACACACAGACACACACAAAUACGUAGCGUGCUUAUGUUAAUCUACAUGUUCUCAGAAAUGGGCAAUGUAUUGGCAUACAACUCCCUCAUGUAUCUGUGUGUCUGUGUUUAUGCCAGUUAGAGGGUUUAGAUGUUAAUCCUUUUUAAUCAUAGACAGAAUCAUAUUUUUUGUUGUUAAUACUGCACAGCUACUUUUGAGGCUUCACUCUCUUUUUAAAAUGUGUUUUGUAUACAGAUCUAUUUUUGUGGCUUUAUUUUGUAUGAAAUUGUUUUUAUAAGGAUUUUUAGGCCCAUUUUCUUUAUUUGUAUAUAAUGUGUGUGAUGACCUGGAACCGUUUCAUUUUUUUAAUGUAGUGACAGGCAGGGGGCAGCACAAGAGAGCCAAAUGUAUUUCAUUGUGUGGCUUUCAUCAAUAUUAUUCAUAUCUCCUGCAGCUCAAAGUGAUUUUUAAUGUCAUGAUCGCAGAGAGCAUUUAAAUCUGUUAUAAUCAAAAAACUGUAAAGUAUUUGCAGCUUCACAUAGGAGAAGUACACCUUUUUUUUGCUCCCAUAGUUUUCCUUAUGAAGAGGAAAAACACCUACAGAGCAGCUUCAGGUCUUUUUUUGUGAAUUUUUAAAUUCACUAAACCAAGGAUUUUGAACUUAUUAAUCUUAAACUUCAUGAAAGCACUUAUUGUAAAUUUCACUCCAUCUCAGCUGUGUUACGGUAUACCUGUCCCUGUCAGGGUGGUGGGCUGUCUGGGGAAUGUGGUGCUACUUGUGAGCUCAUACACCUUCAGUAUGAACUCUGACCUUUACGCUAACUCUGACCGCCAAUAAGUGUUUCUCCAUAGGUGGGAAGUGCACAUUUGGUUAGCUUUAGUUUUUGCAGAAUUUUACUGUAUCUGAUACAGUAAGGAUAAAGCAUGUAUGUCUUAUGUCUUCCAUAAACAAUAUGCAAUUUUCUACAGCAGCCUAUGCCAUGUGAUGAUUGUUAGUUGAAUUUAUGGCCAUGGAGCUUUUAGAGUAUAUUGUAUCACUUUGGCACUCCCACAGACCGAGAAAUCAAUUUGUCAAGGCUGUGAGAGCACUGAUGUUUCCCAGAAAGGCCCCGACCAGGCGUAGUGUGUUCAGUUACAACAGUGUUGUAGUGAAGAGAACAGAAUAUAUGGUUGAUUAUAUAUGGUAUUGAUUGUUGACCAUCUGUAAACACAGAUGCUUUUAAGCUGUGUGUGAAGUGCUUGUGGCAUAAUUUAUCCUGAUCUGGAAGGUGCUCGCUCCUCUUAUCCUUAAGUUUUUGUAAUGAGGAAAUAUAAUUUUAAAAUAAGAAUAUGGGAGUGCUAAAGAAGGGUAAAUCUCCUGCAGGGUGAGAAGUUUUGAAGGUUGAUAUUUGCUGCCAAACGUGUGAGUGAAAUAUUUCUGUCAACGCCAAUGACUGCCAAAUAUUCCAUACAAUAAACAGGCCAUGGAUUUGAAAUGA